AUGGAGCCAGAUGGCAUUCUCACCACCCUGCGAGCCCUCGCCACGGCCAUCCAUCGGCUGGCUGGUGUGGGCAUAUCGGCUGCCGACACACACGUGACGGCCGUCCCCGAGGCAUCGUGGAACGACUACAUUCUGGCCAGUGUGGUCAACCAGACGCGCCAGCAGGUGGACAGUGUCGCGGCGGUCCGGUCGUCUUCAAGCGCUGCAGCUGCGUGCGAGCCGGCUGUGGGCGGCGGGAGGAAGGCGUCCCUCUUUCCCAACAUGGUGCCCCGAGAUGACCAUGGCGAUGAUGCGAGCGGAGAGGCAGACAAGAAGCCCACCAAGCGGCCCUUCCAGCUGCUCGUCCUCACGCCCGCCUCCUUCGACCAACAGCUGCUGCGUCUCGAGCUGACGUCCUCUGACGUGCUGGCCAAGAAGAUCAUCCGCGAGAUGGCCCGAGCGGCCGAGUCCAUGGUGGUCGAGACGGUGUCGAGCGCGGCACCGGCGGCUGACAGGGGCAGCUUCCGCGAUUACGUCUUCGAGUCGCUGAGUCUAUUGACCAUCGAAGAGUCCGUCGACAUUCCGGACGCCGUGCUGCCAUCGCUCCCAGCGACCCCAUACAGUCGCUUCCCGCGACUCAAGACCGUCUGCUUCGAGGUGCCGUCCAUCCAUUUGAUUCGACAGGGCGGGGUGAGGGAGCUGCUCGCGCCGAUCAAGGGACAGCUCGAGAAGAUCAUCGUCGCUCUCACGGAUGUCCCCAGCGGAUACGACACGAGCUACGGCACCGGCCAGCCGCCGCCACGUGAGGCCGCACCCGGCCUCCUCGCACAGCUGACUCUAGAGUGCCUUGACACCAUCGGCCAUGUGGACCAGGUGGUGUUGAUCUUUAUGCCUGAUGAUGAUGACAUCAAGGCGUUCCUGCCGCAGAUGUCUCCCCUCUACCACCUCUUCACGACGCCCAACCUCGCCGCCCGCCUGCCGCCCAUCAGGCAGCUAAUCAUCAACACGCCCUACUGUGUCCACGACCGCUUUGGCGAUGUGCGGCUGGAGUUCAUAACAGCCGUCACCGACAACACACGGGGCCCCCAGCGUGUGAUCUUCAGCGAGGGGUACACUCAGGAAUUACUCAGCCCACAUCUACUGCGUCAGUCCCCCGCGUAUCUCUCGUCUGCUGCUGUGGAUGAGGCCCUGGCAUCGGCCGGAUCGCCGUUUGUGGUGGUCAAGAGCGACGACAACACACUCACUGUCGGGCGUUAGAUGUCUCCCUUAGACUUAGACUUAGACUUAGUUACAGCAUUCGUUGACCUUUGCGUGAGGGGCGUCUUCAUGCACAUGAAGGACACAGACAGACAGAGAGGCUUCCACAUGCGUACCUUGAGUCGAGGUGAAUCGAUCGAGAGCAGAAUGGAUGGAUCAGCGUGGGUGGCUUCAAGCGACACUGCAAAUGAUGGUAUGUAACUAGCUUUGUGUCUAUGUAUGCAG